AUGCGUAUCACGAAGAAGUUUGAUCGUGCCUUCCAGUGGGCGGGCGAGAAGAUGGGCGCCGAAGCCAAGACUAACAUGUCUGAGGACUUCAAGAUGCUCGAGAUCGAGAUGGCCCUUCGGUUCGAGGGCAUGGAGAGGCUGCAGAAAUCGAUGAACGCCUACAUCAAGUGGCUCGGCCGGCGAGGGGAGACCUUUGACGACAAGGAGAAGGGCCUCCCGGCCAGCUACCUCGGGCGCACCAUGCUCAGCCACGGCGAGGACUUUGAGGCCGAUUCCGAGUUCGGCAACUGCCUGAUCGCCAUGGGCCGCGCCAACGAGCGGCUAGCCGGGGUCCAGGAACACUUCGUCGCCGACGCCACUUCCACCUGGCUGGAAUCCCUCGAGCGGUCUCUGGCCAUGAUGAAGGAGUACCAGUCCGCCCGCAAGAAGCUCGAGAACCGCCGGCUCGCCUACGACGCCAGCAUCACCAAGAUGCAGAAGGCGAAGCGCGACGACUUCAGGGUCGAGGAGGAGCUACGCGCGAACAAGGCCAAGUACGAAGAGUCGUCCGAGGACGUGCUACGGCGCAUGCAGGACAUCAAGGACGCCGAGGUGGACAGCGUGCGCGACCUGACCGGCUUCCUCGACGCUGAGCUUGACUACCACGAGCGCUGCGCCGAUGAGCUGCGGCGUGUGCGCCAGAGCUGGGCCGCCGACGUCAGCGGCUCGAGCGGACACGGUGAUCGCGCCGGCAGUAUAGGCGGCGGCGGAGGAACUGGUAUGAUCCUGGAGCGGCGGCCCACGGGUAGGAGCCGGUCGAACACGGCGCACAGCUUCAGCGACAAGCUGUCGCGGACCAACAGCAGGAACAACAUCUACGAGGUCGAGGAGCCCCGAGCCGAGCCGGCGGUCCGCACGCCCAUCCGCAACACGUCGCGCCCGGGCAUCGGCAGCUCCAGCUCCAGCUUCACCUGGGCAGCCCAGCAGCCGGACCCCGCGCCGCGCCCGACCCUCACGACAGCGCACACAUUCCACUCGGGCCUGAGUAUCGACCGCGGCCGCGAGCAGGCCACGGGCCGCACAGCGGGGUCCGGGUCCGGGUCCAGCUACGGCGGAUACAAUAGCCAAGGCGGCGGCGGGCUGAACAUGGGCUCCCUCCGUGCGGGGCUGCGGCCGACCAGCCGCGCGGCGGCGACCCGCGAGGUGGACGUGUUUGCGGACCGCGACGACGACACGGCGUCGGGCAGCGGCAGCCCCGAGUGGGGCGAGCGCAGCGCCAGCCCGGCCACGAGUUUCGAUAGUCUGAGCCGCAGCACGAGCAAUCUCGCGUCGUCAUCAUCCACCACCACUCUCGGCCAGCGCAAGGCGCCGCCGCCGCCGCCGCCCAGCAGGUCGAAGAAGCCGCCGCCUCCCGUCCCGGCCAAGAGGGAGGUUGGGUACUAG